UGACGUAUAAUCUAGUGGACGGGUCGCUCCUUCAAUAACAACAGCUAUUCAGACACCUCGGUAGCUUUCUAGCAAACAUAGCUACAACAUUCACGUUAUUUACACUGUUUUGGUGUAUAUUAGUCGAUGUGUAUUAAACACACUUCUGUUGUAUGUACUUGUUGGCCCAUUUAAUUAUAUAUUUACGUUGUUUGUCAGCUAGCUGGUUUGUUAAGUUAGCUUAGAUGUAGGCUACUCUCUAACGCUAGAUAGCUAACAUCUCCGACCAUGAGUUCACUAAGCUACUCUCCUCCUGCUAAAGAGGAGGUCGUCUGCUGGACUGAGAAAGAAGCUCUCGUGAAAGAGGAGGAGGAAGAGAAAGAUGUCACACUACAAAAACAAGUAGAGGUUGAGGCUGUUACCGUGAAAGAAGAAGAGGAAGACGUUUCAGUGAAAGAAGAGGAAGACGCGUUCCGAGUGAAAGAGGAGGAUGUUACAGUAAAAGAAGAGGAGGAUUCCGUUUUUGGGGUGAAAGGGGAGGAGGGGGAGAUGACUGUCACAUUGGAUGAGGAAGAGGAGGUUGGAGAUCUGUUUAACACCAGAGAGACACGGGACUAUCGUGGAUCCUCUUGGGAGGCUCAACAACAUCAUGAUUCUGACGAGGCAGAGAAGAGUCUCUUCAGAUCAGAACUCCUCAAGAAACACCAGCAGAGACCCACAGAGAAGAAAUCUCAUUGCUGCUCUGACUGUGGGAAAAUAUUUAACUCUUCACCAGACCUUAAAAUACAUCAAAGAAUUCACACUGGAGAGAAACCUUACGGCUGUGAUCAAUGUGGGAAGAGUUUUUCUCAGCUAAAAACCCUGAAAUCACACCAGAGAAUACACACUGGAGAGAAACCUUUUGGCUGUGCUCAAUGUGAGAAGAGUUUUAUUUGGCUGCAAACCCUGAAAACACACCAGAGAAUACACACUGGAGAGAAACCUUACGGCUGUGAUCAAUACUAUCAGGGAUCAUUCUCAGAUGUGCCAACCCAAAUGCACUAGAGCAUGACAUUGGGGACUGGGCCCAGAUCCAACAACAUGCCUAUCGAGUGAACCCUGAAAAAAGAGAGAAGCUCCACAGUGAGGUGGAAAGUUACUACAGAUAUCGCAGGAGUUUCCUCUUGAAAUCAGACAUGUCUGUGGUAAGGUCAACUUGCUUGCUGAUUGUCUCAAGAGUCGGCAGUCCAAUUUUUUUUUUUUACUGCACUGUUGGUUAGGGGCUCGUAAGUAAGCAUUUCACUGUAAGGUCUACACAUGUAUUCAGCGCAUGUAACUAAUACAAUUUGAUUUGAGUUUUGUUUGGGCUCGUUCCAAGAGUUCUAGAAGCUAGUGAGUUUUAGGAAGACAAGAGUUCUAGAAGCUAGAGAGUUCUAGAAGAGUUUUAGGAUUCUAUAGAAAGAAAAAGGAGAAAAUAAUGAUACGAUUGUAUUUUAUUAUUUAGAAAUACGUGUUUUUAGUUGUUGACAGCAAGUAGACACCAUGUUGUUGAGGGAAUUUUUUUGAAUCUAUAAUGAAUAAUUAUGUAUACAUUUCAAUCAGGAUGUACUAAUCAGAAUACAAUUAUGUUACCGUAUAUGUAUGAAUUUUCUUAUCUGAUCCCAGUACUGAAGUGAUAUAAAGUGGUCAAGAGUUUAGUAACAAUGACGGUCUGUUCAUUGAUACAAAUGAAUCAGACUGGCUAGAAUGCUUAUCUACACAAGAAAACCUUGACUCGUAAAUUAUAUUAAAUUGGUAGGGAGACGGAUGUGGGAAGGCUUGAGACACAGCCUUGGUACUGGAACGGAGGUGUGUGAACGUGGGCAAAAGUUGGAACAAUGACGGUCUGUUACUUGUACAAAUGAAUGAACUAUUUCCAGACUGUCUAGAAUGCUUAUCUACACUGACUGACCUUGGCUCUAGGCGAGGAGGGAAGGCUUGAGAUCUAUAGAGCCUUUCUACCAGUGUCAAGAAGAGACGGAACAUUUCGAAAACGCUGACGUCAUUUUCAGUUUAUAACCUGUGGUAAAAUGUGUAUGAACUCAGUACUCUCUUGAAUUAAAGGCUGUUACUUGACUUUUAA